UACUCCUUUUUGUACAAAUAAGUCACGGGGUACAAUAGCAAUGGAUCAGCUCGCUUUACCUAUUGGAACAAUCAUUGAUGAUUUAGAGAUCAAACAAGUGUUAAGUGUUGGCGCAUAUGGUCAAGUUUAUCUGGCAAAAGAUAUUUAUACUUUAGAAGAAUAUGCGGUCAAAUCAUUACCUCGUCCUGGCCCUGAUUCUCAUCAAUUGUCAUUCCAGCAAACUGAGAUUAUGAUACACACCCACCUCUCGGGACAUCCGCACAUUAUCCCACUUGAAAAGGUUAUAAAAACUUCUAAAACUUCUAAAUGGAUACAUGCAGUGAUUGAGUAUGGUCCAGAAGGCGAUCUGUUUACUGCUAUCAUUGACAGAGGCAUUUAUUAUGGAAACCACUCACUCAUCCGACAUGUAUUCUUGCAACUUAUCGAUGCCGUCCGCUAUUGUCACAGUAAAGGUAUCUAUCAUCGAGAUUUGAAGCCUGAAAACAUCCUAGUGUUUGAUCAAGGGCGUACUUUAAAACUUGCAGACUUUGGUCUUGCCACGACUGAUCGAUAUUCAACAGAUUAUGGAUGUGGUUCGACUUUUUAUUUUUCCCCUGAAUGUCAAGGUGGACUUUUAAUGAACAGCUGGAUGGGUUAUGCGACUGCACCUAAUGAUGUUUGGUCACUUGGUAUCAUCCUGAUCAACUUGGCGGCAGGCAGGAAUCCUUGGCGCAUCGCUUCCCUUGAAGACGAAACAUACAGCGCCUUCCUUCAAGAUCCUAAUUUGCUAUUAAAGAUACUACCUAUAUCCAAUGAGCUCAAUCGUAUUCUCAAACGUAUAUUCUGUUUGGACCCUCUCAAGAGGAUUACACUGGACGAGCUUUACCUUCGCGUACAACACUGUACUCACUUUACUCGUACACCCGAAGUAAGCCAGUAUGAGAAUAUGGUUACUCGACGAAAGACAGCUAAACUCGCCAAGAUUCAAAUUCAUUCUAAAGUUGUUACUGACUUACCUUCACCACCCGAUACACCAAAGAUGGCUCGUUCUGUUUCAUCUUCUACUGACCAAGGAUCUACCUUGUUGACGGGCACGGACCUUUCAAGAAGUGAUGUGUUAUUUUCUAAAAAUAGUAAUCAUGAUCUAGAAUCCCACUAUCCUCCAUUAUCAGUCUAGAACCUAUUCAUCUUAUACUCUCCAUUCAUUUUAUACGAUAUGCUCUUUCCAUCAUACGCACGUACAUACAUACUAUUCAUAUAUACACAUAUAUAUACUACAACCCACAUACACACAUACAUACUAUAUUUUUAUGUAUAUAUUCUUUGUUCAUACUCCCCCCAUUCAUACUUAUGCUUUUUUUUUCUCUCUCUCUUUCUUUUUCUGUUAUUAUCCAUUAUGUUUAUAGUAGUGCUAUGUAUAUUUUUUCUUAUGUAUUGCUGCUAUUUUUAUGUAUAUUCCUCGGUUGCUUCUUUUGUCAAUGUAAUUUUCUUUUUUAUUUAUAAAUAAAUGCGGCUUUCUAAAAAUAACCCUAAUA